CAAGCGACUGUCCUCGGUCUGUUUGUCGGCUGCUGAGCUAACAGCUGCACCGAUUGUGUUUUGGUUUGCUUUUGCCUCCCAUGUGCCCUUAUCAUGAGGUAAGAAACACAACAGCGUCAGCUUUCCAAUCGCGUCGGCUAGCUUGUCAAUGGGAGUUCCGACAGAGCUGCCGCUCCACCUGAAGCUGUGGUAGCCUGUUAGCUUAACAACUAGCUCCAUCCCAAGACCAGCACCUAAUGUAUGCGGAAUGCGCAACCAUUGCGGAUGUGGUGCAGAAAGAAAUGCGCAUCGAUGCGACAUAUCGCAGACGUGAAGAUUACAGGGGGAAAGCAAACGUAGCCGUUCUGGUUUUCGACAUAGUUGUAAGCAGCAUUUUUUGAUGGAUUUCAGAACUGGGGGGCGAUCCUCUGCCCUGAUGUUUCGACUCGGUGUUAAACAAGUGGACGUUUAGAUACAGCACUCAGCCUUCUUUUGGUGUUUUACACACUGCACUUAGGUUUGCAUUAACAUGUCAGUACUGGUGGAAAUGAUAGAAAUGGAUUUUAGAGGAGGUUGGAGCUAGCGAUCAAUCAGACAAUGUUAUUUUGUAUCUCUCUACAACAAUGAUUUAAGCAGCUUUAAUAAAUGUGCUAAAGCGGGUUUAAGACUACUUUAACUUUACGUUUCCUAAGAACCACCUCCCCCUCGCACUUUUAGUGUGUGGCAGCUAUACCCUUAAAAGGUUGAUAGUUAUGUGUACACAGAAGAGUUGUAUUGUCUUCAGCAGUAGGUUCACCUCUGCUUUGAACUUUUGUUAAUGGGGCAGAAGCUGUCAGUAUCAGAAUUGGCCCGCCAGUCAGUUCUGCUGUAAAUCAGGUCUGAUCCAUGACUGAGUACUACGAGGAGGGGGGGCUGCUGUACGAGCAAUCACCUCCCAUGCACAUCAAAGUGGAGUCUCCGGAGGGACCCUUUGGGGGGGGAGCCUCAGAGAACGGCUUCCCCCGGGAGGAUGAGGAUUCGGAGGGCAGCUGCGACCAGAGCAGCGGAUUACCCGGAGGACUCCCCUUCAACGUUGUGGUGGUGCAUCCAAACAUCAUGGCACCUGGCAUGUCCUCAGAUGACCUUUUGUCCAUUGAACAAAACCGAGCUAUGUCAGCUGCACUGGCUGCUGGCGGCGCGGGAAAAAGAAAGAGUCGCUUCAGCGGAGCGGAGCUUGAAGUGCUGGUGUCCGAAGUUACUCGGUGCGAAGGAGAACUCUUUGGACCGGCAGGGAGGCUCCGGCGACGUGAAAGAGAGCGCAUCUGGGCAGGGAUCCUGGAGAGAGUAAAUGCUGUUUCCAGAGUCCCGCGAACCCUUAGAGAGGUGAAGAAGCGCUGGGAUGACUUAAAGAGGCGCAAUGGGGGCAGACUGGCGGAUGCCCGCCACCGCAGCUGUUACCUGCCAUCCAGCAGAGGGACCUCAAUGCUCGGGCGUCCUUCUCAGCCAAGCCCCAGGCUUCAGCAAGCCAGACAGAAGCAAAGCACCAGACCAAAGCCCAGUUUUCCAUGCUUCGCUGACUCUGAUACAGGUGUAGGAAUGGAAGGAUCAGAGAGAGAUUGUUUGGAGAAAGAUGAGGACAAUCUUGAGCGUGACAGAGACAUGGGAGAACCUGAGUGUGAACCUGUAGAGAACAGUAUGGAGGACAAACUGGGAUUAGGCCUUGGUCUGGGAAUAGGACCACCCCCUCCAUCAGAACGAUGGCUGCCACCUUCUCCUCUCUACAGUGCUCCUUUCCUCAAUGGUAGCCCCCAACCCAGCAGUCCUCAGCCAUCCCUUGGAGCACAGCAGGGUCCUCUUGAAGCCCCUCCACGGAGUUCCUGGCUCGAAGAUGAGCUACGAGGGUUGGGGGAAGCUGCAAUUCAGCUUGGAAAUCGGGUAGAAAAGAGUCUGCGGGAGUUUGGCGAAGGUUUCAGACAGGACAUGAGAACACUUGUCGCUUCACAAGAGGCAUUAGCAGUCAGUCUGCAACAAAACAAUGUCCUCUUGCAAAGGCUCUUAGGAGUGCUUGAGGCCCAGCAGCAACCACAGCCACAGCAACAUCGUGUACAAGCGCACCAAUCGCAAACACCUCAGCAGCACUUACAGCCACAGCCAGUUCAGCAGCAGCUGCAGCACACAGAACCACAACAACAGCAAAUUGAAACACCACAGCAGUCACAGCUACAGCAGUCACAACAACAUCAAACACAAAUACAGCAGCAACCACAGGUCAGCCAGCAUUCAAAUAACCAGUCAUCUGUAGCUGUUGUACCUGCACCAUCAUCCCCGGACAUGCACGAGUGCACUUUUUCCUCCGAUCCACCCACAGACACAAAUGGAAGUAUGCAGCGACCACGGCGAGGAAGAGCUGUUGACCACAGGCGCAGGAGACGGCGCUGAGGAGAAUGUAUUCAGAAACUCUAUAAACUGCAUAUCAUCUGUAUUUGAUGUUUCAAAAUGUGACAAACAAAUGAUGCUCUUUUUCUACUGACAGUAUUUCAGUAACAAUAGUUGUUUGGAGUGCUAUGCCGUACUCUGGAUCCAUCUCGCACUUAGGUUUGUAUUCAGACAGGACUGAAGCAGAUAUGAAAAUUAGACACUUGAGAUCAUAGGUGGCCUUAACAUUAGAUUGGUUUCUCAGACAUGUGUACAUACUCAUGUUCUAAAAGACUCUUAAAAACAGUGACUCUGUUGAGUGGCAACUUCACUCGUGGACUUUAAGAACUCAGAAAAAUGACAUACUGUAGGCAGUGAUGUUCAAUAUGCAUGUCUCUGUACAUGGUUUGCAGCAGAGCUGCAAAGCUCAAUGAUGCUCUUACUAGUUCAGUACUGACUCAGCUCUCCUGAUACACUAACCAUGUUGUCAUAAAGUACCUGUAACCUGCUGUUAUUACCAUAUAUUGUAGCUAUACAGCUAUUGUAAUUAUCUGCUAAUGUAUGCUUGUGCUUUUCAACAGUUUUAUGGUACAUAAUUUUCCAACUUUGGUUGGACAAUAAAGCUAGACUAUGUUCUGUUCAGUGCGUUUUGAGACAAAAAUGAUGUAUUCAGAACAACCGAGACUUUUUGGGAUAUAUUUAAAAACAAAAAAGACACCAUGACAAAUACAUCACAGUAUGUUUUGGGCUUAAAAUCCUAUGUUUAUGGUUGAAUUUAAAAGCAUACAUAAGUAUGUAGGGGCUAUUUAUGAUAAUCUUGCAUGCAGUGACAUGGAUGUAUUUGUAAAUAGUUGCAAAGAAACAGAUUAUUGCCAUCACUUAAGUAGUUUUGCACAAGCUAUAUUUUGUAGAUAGCUACUGUUCUGAUGAAAUGUAACUAAACUUAAUAAAAGACAGA